AUGCAGCUCAUCACCCUCUUCUCCCCUCUCUUUUCCUUGUUGACCGUCGCUGCGGCGGCCAGCGUGAACACUUCGGCCGUCGAAGCUAGCUCCGCGAUUUCCGCGAGUGCAACCCCGACCGCAAGCAUGACCGAGGUGGCCACAUCGGCUACCCCCACUGUCGUCACUGCGACCAGACUUGUGAAAAGUCUCGCCGACGUUGCGCCAUUCUUCGUGACGGACACGCAGAUUAUCAAUCUGGAAGAUCGCAUUGUGACCUGCAACUCCCUUGCACCAUUCGAUAUUCCAUCUUUAUUCUUAACGCCCGCGCCGUUCUCUUAUAUGGGUGAGGGCCUGUGGGAUGCUAGGGAUAUGCGGUUUUAA